CUUUAGAGCCUGUUAGGAUGCCUGAGCCCGCCAAGUCCGCUCCCGCCCCCAAGAAGGGCUCCAAGAAAGCUGUAACUAAGACCCAGAAGAAAGGGGAUAAGAAGCGGAAGAGAACCAGGAAAGAGAGCUACUCCAUCUAUGUGUACAAGGUGCUGAAGCAGGUGCACCCGGACACCGGCAUCUCGUCCAAAGCCAUGGGCAUCAUGAACUCCUUCGUCAACGACAUCUUCGAGCGCAUCGCCGGGGAGGCGUCCCGCCUGGCGCACUACAACAAGCGCUCGACCAUCACGUCCCGGGAGAUCCAGACCGCCGUGCGCCUGCUGCUGCCCGGGGAGCUGGCCAAGCACGCCGUGUCCGAGGGCACCAAGGCUGUCACCAAGUACACCAGCUCCAAGUAAACGGGUUCCUUGCAUCGUUUCACCCAAAGGCUCUUUUAAGAGCCA